AGGGGGAGAUGGCUGCGUCACGUGAUGCACUCAGCUUCCUGUUUACCGCCUGUUGGACCUGCAGACUGACAGACUGCAGAACCGAGCAGAACACAGGACACCACAACUACACCUGCAGCCGCGGCUUCACUGCUGUACCCUCCGUCUCUGAGGAGACAUGAAGACAUGAAGACAUGAAGACAUGGAGACAUGAAGACAUGGAGACAUGAAGACAUUGAGGGAGCGUGAGUAGGCCGGGACGGAUCCUCGGGGUUUCCUGACUGCAGCUGGCCGGGCUUCUCUUCACCAGAUGUCACAAACAACCCGGAGGUGAAGAGGAGGUGAAGAGGAGGUGAAGAGGAGUAUACCUGAGGAUAUACCUGAGGAGCACGGCGGUCUGAAUCAGUAGUCUCUGAGGAGUUUCUGGAGGAGUUGAGUUAGAAACCAGCAGCUGAGCUGCUGUUAGCUCGACCUGCUACCUCCGGUAGAGGCUCCGGUAGAGCCUCCGGUAGAGCCUCCGGUAGAGUCUCCGGUAGAGCCUCCGGUAGAGCCUCCGGUAGAGUCUCCGGUAGAGCCUCCGGUAGAGGCUCCGGUAGAGCCUCCGGUAGAGUCUCCGGUAGAGCCUCCGGUAGAGCCUCCGGUAGAGUCUCCGGUAGAGCCUCCGGUAGAGGCUCCGGUAGAGCCUCCGGUAGAGGCCGGGGUGCUGGUCGGUGCUGAGCGGGUUGGAUCUCGUGUUUGUGUCCGGGUGGUGGAGCUGCUCGUCGGGGCCCUGAAUUCAGGACGAGUCCCCGGCUCCGGCCCCCUCCAGCGGGCAGCGAGGAAGGGAUGGCCUGGUCGGUCCUCCCGGUCCAGAGGACAGAGCUCUGCGGUGUUUGAAGGAGGUCGAGUCCGGCUGGAGGCCGGCAGCAGCAGCAGCAUGAUGGCCGCAGCAUCCCCCUCCCCGGCCGGCUGCUCGGCCUCCGGGCUGUCCGGCAGGAGGACCGAGGAGAUCUCGGAUUUGAUAGAUUUGUUUUCUAAGAUGCAGUACCGGGCGAAGGAGGUCACUGCUCGGGUGGAGGCGAUAGAGACGCGUUGUCUGGAGUUAUUCGCCAGAGAUUACAAGUACAGUAUCAUCCACAACGCCAAUGGAGAAGUGUGUGGCCAUUACCCCCGGCAGAUAGUGUUCCUGGAGUACGAAUGCACAGACGUGGAGAGAGACAGGUUUGAGAGCACAGUGCAGAUCAGUAAGCUGCAGGACCUGGUGAACCGGAGUAAGCUGGCUCGCUGCAGAGGGAGGUUCGUCUGUCCGGUCAUCCUCUACAACGGCAAGCAUAUUUGCCGGUCGUCCACUCUGGCAGGAUGGGGGGAGCUGUAUGGACGCACAGGCUACAACUACAUCUUCUCAGGGGGCACCGAUGACACGUGGACGGAGUCUGAGGAGGUUCCAGAGGACGACAGUGCAGUCAGGAACGGGGACUCCCAGCUGUUCGACAAGGUUCGAGGCCACGACAUUAAGCUGCUACGUUACCUCUCGGUUCGCUCCAUCUGUGACCUGAUGGUGGAGAACAAGAAGGUUAAGUUUGGCCUAAAUGUGACGUCCUCCGAGAAGGCGGACAAGGCUCAACGCUAUGCAGACUUCACUUUGCUCUCUGUGCCUUAUCCAGGGUGUGAGUUUUUUAAGGAUUACAAAGACAGAGACUACACAGCGGAGGGUCUGGUGUUCAACUGGAAUCAGGACUAUGUGGACGCUCCUUUGACAAUCCCCAUGUGCUUUACUCAGAACUUGAACAUUGACUGGACUCGAUACCAGUCGUGGGACCUGGUGGAGCAGACCCAGAACUACCUGAAGCUGCUGCUGCACAUCAUCAACAGUGAUGAUGAGAGCGGCCUCCUGGUGCACUGCAUAUCAGGCUGGGACCGGACGCCUCUGUUCGUGUCCCUCCUCAGGCUCUCCCUGUGGGCAGACGGCGCCGUGCACGCCAGCCUGGAGCCGGCCGAGAUCCUGUACCUGACCAUCGCUUACGACUGGUUCCUCUUCGGUCACAUGCUGCCAGAUCGACUCUCCAAAGGGGAGGAGAUUUUCUUUUUUUGCUUCAAUUUUUUGAAGCACAUCGUCUCAGAGAAGUUCUCUGCUGUUAAGAAACAGAGGAGGAAGAACUCCCACUUCAAAGACAGUGAUUUCUCUGUGGAAGAUCUCUGCCAGUUAAAGUCGAAGGAUCGCGGCAGUGUGACGAGUCUGAGCAGCGACUUCUCCCUCAUCACUGAGGAGGUGGGCGGCGCCUCCAGCCUCACCAACGACACUGUGGACCUGUUCACCAGCCAACCCCAGGCCUCCAGCUGGAGGAAAGGCACCACCUCGUCUCCUCAGAUGGUGGUGUGGAGUAAACCUCUCCCUCUGGAGGAGCAUCUCUCUCAUCCACUCAGCGAGGCCAGGUCUUCCAGCUCCUCCUCCUCCAACCAAUCAGAACACGGCAUCACGCGCACCGGCAGCAGCCCGCUGGCUGUCCCUGGAAGAAGGUUAGCAGCAGACUACACCCGGUCCGGUUCCUCCCUCUCUACGGAGUACGGGAGCUGGCAGAUAGUCUCGGGUUGCGGCAGCAUCCAUGACCACGCUCACUUCCCUCCACCUCUGGCCUCGGCCUCCUCCACCUCGUCUGCCGUGGCCGCCGCCUACGACUCACCGCUGCCCUUCAGCUUUCAGGACGAGGGACCCAGUGGACGAAUGUGUCCCUUCCCGUCUCAGCGUCAGGCCCGCCUGGAGGCGGUGCGUGAAGUCUUCCUGGCGGCCUACAGCUCCACCGUGGGCCUCAAGUCGUCGGUGCCGAGCCCGUCCGGCGCCAUCACCGGCCUGCUGGAGCAGUUUGCCCGCGGGGUCGGCCUCCGGGGCACCAACGCCAUUGUCUGACCCUCUCAAUGUGACUUCAGACCCUCCGUCUGCUUCCAUCCACCGCCGCUACGACACGCCGCUAUGACACGCCGCUACGACACGCCGGGACAAUAAAGUGCCAAACAGCUCCGCUCCAGUCGGGGGUGAAGCAUUCA